AUGACAGCUGCAAUUCCCACUCCAGCUAGAAGACUCUCCACACAGGCGGAAACAACACUCAAAGAGUUGCUGCAGGAAAUGCUGAAGAUACAGGACAAAAUAGAAAAGAAAAUAGAAGACAGCCAGGAGAAAACACAGCAGAACAUGGAAAAGCUAUUCAAAGAUGAAAUGGGCAAACUAAGACAAGAAAUGAAAGAAGAUAUGGCCCAGAUACAAAAAGAGGUCAGUGGCGUACAGGAGGAAAUAAAAGAUCUGAAGAAAGACAACGCCAAUUCAAAGAAAAAACAAGCCAUCACAGAAACGAAAAUAAAGAGAUUGGAAGAAGCAAGAGAUAAACUAGAAAGACAGCAAGAACUGUGGGCCUGUAGAGAAACAGACUUCCAACUAAGAUUUAGGAACAUAGAAGAAACAGAAGGAGAAAACCUGAGAGAAACAAUAGCCGAAAUAACGAUGGGAAUGCUUAACACCACCAUGGAAGAAAUGAACAAGGAGAUAGACACAAUUCUAAGAGUUAACUCGAACUAUGCUAGGCGGAACAAGGUUCCAAGAGAUAUAGUGGCCACCUUCUGUAGGAGAAGUGUUCGCGAUGAAAUUAUCAAGAUGAAACCUAAAGACCAGAUAACCUUUAAAGGGAGAAAAGUGAUUAUACUCAAGGAAUUCUCGACCAUGACAAUGAACAAAAGGAAAAAAUAUUAUUUCCUGACAGACGAACUCAAAAAACACAGGAUUAAAUUUAGAUGGGAAAGACUAGAAGGCAUACAAGUGACAUACAAAGACAACAAAUUCUGGUUAACCUCAGAAGAAAAAGCUAAGGAAUUUCAUAAGACCCUCCUAAAGGAUCUUGAAACAACACCACAUGCAUCAAGAGAGGAGGAGUCAAACAAAACGAAAUAUGAAACAACAGAGGCCAGGAAGCAGAAUAAGGAGUGGAGGAAAGAAGAGAAGAAAAGACCAAGACCAGAGUCAUUGGAGGAUGAGGUGGAGGAGAAGGACAUGGGACCUUCACAGCAUGUAACGAACCCAACCUGUGAUGAGUAA